AACAAAAGAACUGCACUGAGCUGAGUUUAAAGGGAGGCUGAUGUUGGAAAUGUGUUGGCUUGUUGCUAAAGUUGAAAGCGCUGUUUUGAAAAGUAUUGCUGAGUUAAAAACAGGAAGUGUGGCAGUAAGAACUACAGUACCCACAAUGCAGCGGACUUCCUGUUUCCUGUCUCCAUUAUAGAAAGAAAUCACCGUAAUGUGUUGAAACAUUAACAUCUGUAAAUCUGGUAAACAUGAAGGCUUUUGCAUCAAUGUGGCUUUAAGGCUGUAAGUUCCAACACUUACACCCUUAAUACACAACUUAUGGGCAAAUACUGACUGUAGGAAGAUUGUAGGAAAAAAGAGUUGCGCUCACACACUCUGUCAAGGUGACUGACAUCGGGACACAGAACUUUACGAUGCCUCUCCUCACAGACAGACUGUUCCUUCAGCCUUCACUCAGAUGCCUCGGUGUCUUGGUAUACUUUCUUUUCCUGACGCACAUUUGUAAAGCAUCAGAUGCCACCUCCUGCCCUGUCCUCCGUUUACUGGGGAUUGCUGGAAAUGGAGGAGUGGAUUUAAAUUGUGUGUCUAAAGGCUGGCAGGAGGAAGCUCAGGUCAUUUGGCUGGACGGUGAGGGAAACCUCCUCUCUGCUGGACCUACAGAGACAGUCAGAGGUCCUGAUGACCUCUAUACUGUCAGCAGCAGAGUGACUGUGGAGAAGAGACACAACAACAGCUUCACCUGUAGAGUCCAACAGAACCACACCAACCAGACCAGAGAGGCACAGAUCUAUAUUGCAGAUGAUUUCUUUGUGGUCCAGUCCAGUUCUUCUUCUACCAUAAUUGGUCUGGCUGUUUUUUUGGCUGUUAGCAUCCUGUUUAAUCUGAUUCUUGGCUUUUUUGUGUGGAAAUACAAGACAAAGAGAAGCUCUAAAGAUCAUCGUGUUACUGCAGAAGAAACAGAGAGUAAGCCACUCAUGGAAAUGAAGGAAUUGAAAAAGGGAACAGCUGCAAGAACCAAACUAGAGGAGGACCUGCAGCAGAGGGAGGAAGCUGAGGCAAAAGUGAAGACCUGCAAAGAGGAGCUGGAGACCAAGAAGACUGAGCUGAGAAAGAAACAAUCUGAUCUGCAGCAGCUGGAUGAAGAGAAGAAGAAGAAGGAGAACGUGGAGAGACUGAAGGAACAUCUGGAGAACAAGAAGACAGAGGUGGAGCAAUUAGGAGCUGCACUAACCAAACCUUCUUGGUUUUCUCAAAGUUCUACAAAGGAGCAGCAGCAGAAGAAGAAAGACGCUGAAACUGAAGUGGAGAACCUGUUGAAGCAGCUGGAGACUGAACAGAUGGAAUUAGCCACCAAAACCAAACAGAUUAAUGACAAACAAGCUGAAGUCCAGCAGCUCCAGGAGGAGAUUCAGGAGAUGGAGACCAACCUGCAGAGCCUGAUGGAGCAGCUGGAGUCCAGAAAUGUGAAGGUUGAAUGAAACCAGAUGUGAACUGAAGCUCAAGCGUUAUCAGACACAGUUCUCCAGGGCAGACCGACACCAGCCUGGACCUUCAGGUUCUGACACUGGACACAACAUGGCUGCCAGACGAGCAGCUGAGACUCACAUGGCGACAUCUCUGAUCAGCUUAGUUUGAUAUUGUUUUAACACUCCAUGUCACCAUAGAGUCUUUAAUUCACAUGCAUGCAUUCUCACAACCUCAGUUCUUUAUUAUUAUUAUUUUUUAUUCCACUUCUCAAACACUCCCCUGUUUCUGUGUGUGUUGUCACUGGAUCAGAUAUGACUGUACAGAAACAGCUCCACUGAUCAUAUUCAUUGUUUUUUAUUAAAUAACUCUAACCCAUAAUAAGAAGAAUCCCAAAUGUAAUUUGUAACUUGUAACUUGUAUCUGAGAUUUUGGAUAUUCUGUGUUUGGUAUUGAAACUAAUGUAAACUGUUAAUGAAGAUGAAGAUUCCUCAGUUUUUUUAUUAUUGAUCUAUUUGUGUGUGUGUGUGUGUGUGUGUGUGUGUGUGUGUGUGUGUGUGUGUGUGUGUGUGUGUGUGCAUGAGUAGUUGUUAUACAUAAUAAAUAUAGAUAUAACAGUUUUGUGGUAAUGAAUUAAUAUUCAGUAAUAUAUGUACAUUAAGACUUUUUUAUAAUGUGUUGUGUAUAAAAUAUUUUGUUAUUUUUAAUACAAUUAAACUGUCUAAUGUGACUAAU